AUGAAGAUUGAGUAUCUGGUUGUCGGGGUUCUAUCCCUGCUGACUCCGCUGGCAGCAGCAUGGAGCAAGGAAGACCGUGAAAUCUUCCGCAUCCGCGACGAAAUCGCCGCCCACGAGAGCGACCCUGCGGCCAGCUUCUACGACAUCCUCGGCGUGACCUCCUCCGCCUCCCAGGACGACAUCAACAAGGCGUACCGCAAGAAGUCGCGUUCGCUGCACCCCGACAAGGUCAAGCAGCAGCUGCGCGCCGAAAAGGCCCAGGCCGACAAGAAAAAGGGCUCCAAGGGCCCCACGCAGGCAGAGAUCAAAAAGGCCGUCAAGGAGGCGUCGGAGCGCCAGGCGCGGCUCUCGCUCAUUGCCAACAUCCUGCGUGGCCCUGCCCGCGAUCGAUAUGACCACUUCCUCGCCAACGGGUUCCCGCUGUGGAAGGGGACGGACUACUACUACAACCGAUACCGGCCUGGCUUGGGAACUGUCUUGGUCGGCGUGUUCAUGAUGGGUGGUGGUGCGAUCCACUACCUUGCGCUGUACAUGAGCUGGAAGCGACAGAGGGAGUUCGUGGAGCGCUACGUCACGUUUGCGAGGAACGCGGCUUGGGGCAACGACGCUGGAAUUCCUGGCUUCGAUGCCGUGCCUGCGCCUGCUCCCGCGCCCGCUCCCGAGGAAGACGAAGCCGCUGCUCCUGCCCAGCCUAGGAACCGAAGGGAGAGGCGCAUGCAGGAAAAGGAGACGCGCAAGGACGAUGGAAAGACGUCCAAGAAGGCCCGCAAGACUGUGAGCUCCAAGAGCUCGUCCCAAGGAUCGUCUGCGCCUACCCCGACUGGUGUCCGCAAGAGGGUCGUUGCUGAGAAUGGCAAGAUUCUCGUGGUCGACUCUCAGGGUGACGUCUUCCUGGAGGAGGAAGAUGAGGAGGGCAAUGUCAAUGAGUUUCUCCUAGACCCCAACGAACUUCUUCAGCCCACUUUCAAAGACACCGCCGUGGUCCGAGUGCCCGUCUGGGUCUUCCAAUCGACGGUUGGCCGUUUCCUGCCCAAGGGCGCUGCGCAGGCCGAGGCCGAAGAUAUCCCUGAAGAGGACUCGGAUGCACCGCAGGCUACGCCUACGAGCUCAGAAUCUGCCGGUGAUGAUUUUGAGCUUCUGGACAAGAGCACGGAUUCGCUGAGCAAGGUCAAGACCUCGGGCGCUCAGCAGGGCAAGGCCACCAAGCGGAAGACCACCAAGAAGAAAUAA